GGUCGCCGCAUAAAAAAAUAAAAUAAAAAAAUGUGGCACUUUUCCGGAGAUAACAAAAAUUCUCUGCUUUUGUAAAAUCUGUCGUAGGAAAAAGGUGUUUCUUCGGGACGUGUGGUGGCGUAGGGCGAUGGUGUUGUGUGUAAACAGCUGUUGGCAGCCGAGGAACCGAGCCCACAGAUUCCGAGCCGGUUCAUCAUCGAUCUCGUUGCGUGUCUGGAUAGGCGGAAGAAUCCAAAGAAAACAUGUUGCCACAGUACGAGCGACUUCGCGAUCCUUCACUGGCGGGCGAUCCCAUCGGGCCGGGCGGCACAACGCCGGGGAUACGCAAAAGUACCGUCCGUAUUCGGUUCGGUAAGCUAGCCGUUACGACGGCUAUGCUUCCGGUGUUAGGGUUCCUGUUCUGUGUCGUCUGGUCGCUGAUGUACAACUUUGUGCAGGCAAACGCAACACACUGCAUGGUGUACAACUUCCUACCAUCGCUGUCGGCCGCCAUCGGUAACUAUCAGCCGCAGCGGUUCGUCUGGCAAUUCUCCGUUCUACUGCAUGCCCCGCCCCGGUAUGCGAUCGCAUUCCUCUACAAGAACCAUCACCUAUCACUGCUGGCCCGCAAGCACCGCAAAGAGUGGGCCUAUCUGGCCUGUAUCCUCAACAUCGUUGAGCUUAGCUCGUUGGUCGGUUUAACUCUGUGGACCUCCAGUUCGAACUACGAGAUACACAAAUUUUGUUUUAGUGCCUUCAUCGUCUGUUCCAUUCUCUACAUGCUGCUGGUCGUGGUCAUCAAUCGACUGUCGCGUAUCGACGAGAUGCUGACACUGGCCGAGCGGAAAUCCUUACGCUACAAGCGACGACUGAUGUGGGUAAACGUGCUAUCAAUACUGCUGGCCGUGUACUUCUUCCUGCGACACAACCAGUACUGCGAACCGUACGUCUACUCCCUGUUUGCGCUGAGUGAGUACGUGUUCGUGUACUCCAACAUUGGCUUCCACAUGACGGCCUACUGGGAUUUUAUCCAUGCGAACAUGUACUUCCACUGGCGGACCGGUCUUCAUUUCAGUUCCGUUUAG